AUGAAUAUAACAAAAUACCUUGUGAUCAUCCUCCCUCUUAUCCUUUUAAAGUACCCCACGCGGAAGGGACUCCUGAGCCAUGACAACGUUUUGUUAAGAAGUAAUAUAAGGGGGGCACUGUUAAGAAGAAUUAUUAAGGAGGAAAAUGGCGACAAAGGCAAAAGUAAAAAAGAAAAAGAAGAAGAGAGAGAAUAUGAAGAAUAUUUACAAAAUAAAGGAUCAAACGAAUUUGAUAAAGUGAAAUACAAAUAUAUGGACUAUGUAAAUUUUAGCAUUCAUAAAAGUUCCAAAAAAUACAAGCACUUGCUAAACGAGACCUUAGUCUUCCUGGGUUCUCAGUACAGCACGGAUGAAAAGGUAACCUUUCACGUAAAAUUAAUUGAUAUUUUGUCUUUACUAUUUGUUUACUACCGAGAUAAUUUGAGCACCUUCGACCAUGUUAUAAAUAGCUUCCAAGACAGAAACAAGUUAAUGAAUUCUAUUGAAAAUGAAUUUUUCAGAGAAUUUAUUGAUGAAAGGGACAACUACAUUUUCGAGGUGAAAAAUAUGUACUACAAGGUUGACCACAAGAAUGAAGAAAAGGAAAGAAUUUUAAGCAAAAAAAAAACAAUCUAUGAAAUAUUUUUACAAAAUUGGAAAAAUGACGGAUACCGUUUUUACAGUAUGAAUAAUAAAAAAAAGGUUUACAUACCUAAAAAAAUAGAUAAUAAGAAAAAAAAAAAAAAUGGGACCGAGUAUAGUUUGCAGUGCCGAAGUUUGGUUUCCAGUCCGCAAGAAUCAGAGGAGGGGAAGGGGCCCAAUGAAACAGACUCUGAUAAGGGAUCAUCCACCCCUAGUGAGGAGACCAACUCGAAAGAGAAACAGAACGAGGGCGGUGAUGCCAAAAAGUUGUCGCAUGUGGAGGACGACGUGGACGAAGAAACGCACGAGGAGGUAGAAACGCACAAGGAGGUAGAAACGCACAAGGAGGGAGAAACACACGAGGAGGUAGAAACACACAGGGAGGCAGAAACACACGAGGAGGUAGAGCACACGAAAAAAGGGGGCACGAACAAAACGGAAGAAGCGGCGUCUGCAGCGAAGAAACAAGGGCAAGAGGAGAACGACGCCGAUGAGUCAGACGAACUGUAUGACCACGACGUGUACGAGGAUGACGCGAAACGGGAGGCCCUCCUAGAAAGUUAUAACAAUCAAAUCUGCCACGCUGCAGAGAACAGCGAAGGGGGCUCAGCCCCAAUGAGAAAAUACAGAAAUGGAAUACCAGGAGUUACGUACAAAAUGAGAAAAGAUUUUUUCCUAAAUGGAAGUUCAUUUAAUGUCCUAACCCUAAUCAAUGCGAUAACGUCGAAUAGGGAUAACGCUACCGUGACGAAAUUGUACGAAGCUUUGAAAAAAUUAGGAAUAACAACAUUUGACCAUCUGGUUAGAUACACGAACAUUAUAGGAAUCUUUUUCUCAUACGACAUUUUUGAUGAAUUAUAUUUACAAAUAAAAUUAGUGAAAGAAUAUUUUGGGCUUAUAGAGAAGAAGAAAAACGACUUUGCCAUAGUGGAAAAAGUAGAAAAGAGGAAGAUGAAGAAACGAAAGGCCUAUGGAGAGUACAAAAUGAGCGACGAUGAAAUGUUCGCACCGCCAAAUUGUUUGAGUGCAUAUUGUAUGUUGAAAUCUGUGUGGAUGAGAAACAGAAAUGUAACAGUGAAGAUCGAAAGGAGCAGUAGCAAUAGCAUGAAUUUUAUGAUGCUAGGAGAUAUUGGGCAAGGCUUUGAAGAAGAAAAGGAUUUCGAUGUACAGAAUAUGCUAAACCUUAUGGGAUUUAAUGAGUUAAAAAGUACCGUACAGACGAUGAAAGAUUGGCAUUUUAUGAACAAUGCUGAUUUUGUAAUCAAUUUAGGAGAUAAUGUGCCAAAUGAUGGAGCUAUGAAUUAUAUGGAGAAUUUCCAGUGGCAUAAUUUAAUGAAGGAACUAUUUGUGUUCAAGAAAAGGAGUGAACAAGAAAUUAACAGCAUGAUGGGGCAUAACCCGCUCACCAAACAAACCAUAAAAGAUUUUUAUAAUGAAAAAAUGAAAGAAAUGCAGGACCAUUAUAAUAACAUACAGAUAGAGGCCCCAGAAAUGGAGGAAAAGAAGGAAAAGAAGAAGAAAAAACCAAAGAAGAAGAGCGAUAAAAAUGAGGAAAAUAAAGUGGACUCUUCUUCCAACGAGAAGGACUUUAGCCAUUAUGAUAAUAACCGUAAGAAAUUGUACCAAUUUGAUGAUGAAGAGUCGGAUGAAAAUUUUGAAGCCAUUCCGUUUUACUCCAUUUUGGGGGAAAAAGAUUACUUCUUCUUUCCGAGCGAACAGAUUCAGGAACACUACUCGUAUAGAAUCCCAGGUUAUUUUAUGCCAAACAACUACUACUGCGUUAACUAUGAUUUUAUUUAUAACAAUGUAGGGUAUAAAGAUAUAAUUAGCCAAGAAAAGUUCAGGGCAUCCUUUAUUUUUAUCGAUACGUGGUCGUUAAUGGUGGGAUUUCCGAUCAUAAGAAAUUAUCGCUCCUUUCGGGAACAAUUCAAUUGGCUCAGUAAAACGUUAUACGAGAGCGCAAAGAAUAGUGACUGGAUUUUCGUCAUAGGGCAUCAUCCUCUAAUUUCAAGUGGAAGACGAGCCGAUAACUACUCCUAUGAGGAACAUUCCUUCCAUGAUAUUUUGAGAGAUUUCCUUUUUAAUUACAAUGUAGAUGCUUAUUUCAGUGCACAUGACCAUUUAAUGGAAUACAUUAAGUUCGGGAACAUAGACCUGUUCAUUAAUGGAUCCUCCUCCAGAGUUCUGUUUGAUAACUCCAAUAUGGGCAGAGGUUAUUUUGGCAAAGUGAUAGGGAAGUUAUACCCAGUCAGUUGCUACAUUUUGAAAACCAUCCAUCGGGGACUGAAGCCGAAAGGCUGUAGCGUUAAUAGGUAUUCCAAAUGGUCGAACAAAGCAGAUAUUGGAUUCAGCGCACACAAAUUAUCUAAGGAUGAAUUCAUCACGGAAUUUAUCAAUGGUAGAACGGGAAAGCCACUCAGCCAUAAGAUUGUGCUGAAAAACAAAAGAAGUGAAAGAAAAAAAUUCUACAAUCUGGAUGGAUAUGCAGAUGAUAGGAUUGAACAAUUGGAAAAAAAAAUAAAAGAAUUUGCAGAAAAAAAUCCAGAUUUCAUAAAAUAUAAAAUUGAAGAAUUUAACGAAAAUAUCAGAAAACUUAAUUUGAUCAUGAAGACUUUAAAAACAAAAGAGGAGAGUGAAAAUUUUAAGGAAUUACUCUUCCUGAAUAACCUAAUUUUUGACGUGUCCAAACACCUUUCCGGGAUGACCAGCGAAAAGUUAAGAAGCAUGCACGCGCUUGCGGAAAAGUACGCCAUUUUUUUUAACAAAGAACUUGUCAAUCACAUUGUCGUAGCGUUGGAAAAAGCGGUACAGUCUGAAAAUAGCGACCCGGACAAUCUAAAUGAAGCAAUCGAUGAAGAAGAAGCUGAAAGGAGGCUCAAAGAAAGACAGAAGAAACAGAAUGAGGAGAAAAAAUCAUUGGAGAUUAUAGAAACCUUGGGUUAUAAGCCUGAACAAUUUUUAGAAAAGUACGACAGCCUGACGAAAGAAGAGAGGGAUCUCUUGAAGGAGAAAGUUGGAAAGGAUGUUGCACUCGAGGAUUAUGUUAACAGAAUUAGGGUCUACGUCGAGAAGAAGAACUUAAAUGAAAGCGAUUUGGAGGCCAUGCAGGAAAAGCUAGACGCGGAGGAAGGUGGCGAUGCCGAGAAGGCGAAUGAGCAGCAGGGGGAGAGCGGCGAGGAGAGUGACCAGAUGAGUAGCGAGGGUAGCGAAGGGGGUAGCGAAGAGUCUAUCGGCGAAGUCGCGCUCGUGAAGGAUGUGCACAAAACGCACAAGAAAUUCAUGUUUAAGGAAAAGGCCCUAUCCGAACAGAACUACAUUUUGCUGAUGCUUAGCGCUUUGAAAGUCCAUGACAAGAAUAAAUAUGCCCUGAAUAUGAGUACCAAAAAGGAAGACAUAAAAAGCAUUGCAUCUUCCAAUUUUCUCUACAAUAUAGAGAACCACAAAACUUUCUUCCAGUUAUGUAUCGAGUUAGCUCCAGAUAUUAAGAGGGUUAUCAGCAACCUUGGCGGAGUAGGAGUGAGGCUUCCCUUUUUCAAGUUAAUGAAUAAGCUGUACGAUGAAAUAAUGAAGUUAAGGGACGGAAUUGACCCAAUUGCAAAGUAA